AUGCUGCAGCACAUAUAAAAUGGAGAGUAACUGUUGGGAUGACUUUAGUUUUCAUUUCUUCUACUAACAAAUUUAUAACUCAUAUUUUUCAUUCAAAAUGGUAUUCUUCAGGCAAAAUAUUGUGUGGCUUAGUUUAGUGACACUACUGAUAGCCUUUCAUGUGGAAGCUGAUUACGACAAUACACCACAACCAUCCGAAGAAGACAAUUCAUCCUCAGAAGCAACCAUUGAGGAUUCAAACGAAUCGCGUAACAAGCGAUCUAUAGAAGCUACAAAUGUCGAUAAUAACAACAAGGGAGGGGAUGGAAAGUCAAUGGCAAGGGCUGGUAUACCAGGAUUACCUGAUCCCACGACAAUACUCAAAGUCGCAGAAAUCUUACAAGCUUUGGGUGAGAAAGUUGUACCGAUUCUUGUUGAAGGUAAUUCUGUGGCAAACCUUGUAGCGGAAAGGUUAGACAAAAACUAUGCAUUCUUAAAAGAUUUAAAAUCAGAAAUAGAUUCUUUGACAUAUCAAACGAAGUCAAUGUAGUAAUAAGAACCAUUUUAUAAACCAGUACAAUUUAUUUUCAAUAUUUAAUUAAUAAAACCUUAUACUAUACUGAACUAUUUGAUUAUAUUGACAAUGGCUUCCAUGAUUUUGCUGUUACUCUAACUUGCUUAUGUAUAUUUAUUUACAGCUAUUGGAUAAUGACAUUCUAGACCGGCAUAUUGCUUAAUUAGUGAUAUAUAU